GGGGCGAGUCGCGGACAGGGUGGCAACCUUGCCGGGGGAGGCGGGUUGGGUGACGAAGAGUCGGACACCGAGGAUGGUAGGAAUGCAAAUCAACAUAUUAGCCAGAGCGGAGCUAACGAUUCGUCGCAGCAUAUCAAAGUGAAAAAAGCCCCUCCCACGACCCCAUACAAAAAAGAAAAUCUCUGUUGCUGGAUCUCUGGUGUAAGUGCACAAAUCAGUUCUGUACUAUUGCAGGAAGCGCUCGGAGGUACAACUUAUUCUUUGAGCCUGGUUUCGAUUUGGUAUGCAAAAGAUUAUCAGUUAGACAUGGCAGACAGCUUUGCAGUAGGCAAAAGCGCGUGCUGACAUCAGAUGGGCAGCUGUCGUGGAAAAAUGCUCGGAAUGGCUCCCAUUUCUUGCGGCCGCCCUAUGUGCAAGACAGGUCACAAUCAGCAUCUUCACAAAUUUCUUUUUUGCAUACUAUGCGUAGGGGGCGAGAUUUUUUCUUUUGAUACAGCAGCAGGAUUGGACCAGUAUUUUCCUCCAGGGAUUUGGCGAGGAAAGCGAUUUACUGGUGCAGUGUGCAGUGCUGGGAACUGCGUUCUUCAGCUUUGCUUUCCUUUUGACCUGUUGUCUGUGCUGCUGCUGUUGCCCCUGCCGCGCACAGCAGGUAUGAACUGCAAAAGUAUCGUACUAGGUAGUAUAAAAAUUUGCAUUGCAAAUUGACUUAGCAUUACAAAUUGAAUUUGUAAUUCGGUUUUGCCUUAACAAGAAGAUUUGUAAUGCAUAAACGCAAUUUGUACGAGUACGGUACUUUUGCACCGCACAGCAAGUGACCUCGACCGAUUUAGAUAGCUGUCGGACCGGCCGGUCGGCGGAAACAAGCUCGUCCUGUAUGAGACUGCACAAGAACAACUUCCCCUCGUCUUGUGUCCCUCAUUUGUCAUGCAAAGUCCCAAAGCUACUUAUGGUUGCUUGUGGCACUGUCUGCAUGAGAUAUUCCGGAAGCGGCCCAAACGGCACGAGGACGCGCCUGUGCAAAGAAUUUUUCAUGCAAAACCUGCGUUCUUGCUGACGCUUGUAUUGCCGCUCAUGCAAUAUACAACUGAGGCGGAGCAGGAGGAGUCCGUUGUGCAGUCUCAUAUCCUGCGGGGACGUGACAGAACCCGACGACACCGAGGGGCCGGGCACGAGCCCCGGGGAUACUUCUAGCGGACCGGACAGAGGGCAUGGAAAAAACUACAGGGGAUUCUUCGAUCAGAUGCCAAACGACAAUAAAGACCUACCCAGGAACAACGAGAUGCCGCCGGGCUAUGACAGUGCGCAACUCCCCCUCGUCCCCCUCAUUUGUCAUGCAAAAUCCCAAAUCCAGUCGCUGCCCUGUGGCACUGCUUGCGUGACAAUAAAUUCCGGAAGGAGCCCAAACAGUAAGUACUCUACUACAUUAGCCACAUAGAAGAUUUGGCUUGCAUAGGCUACUUCAUGUGUGCUGGCGUUUGUAUUGCAGUUCAUGCCUCAUAGCCAUACAAAUGAGGGGGUUCGUUGUGGACUUUCAUACGGGCCGCGCUGGCGCGGCGAGGAGGGUAUCCGGUCCGGACCUCGAAUGGAGCAGCAAAGAGUAUGGCGUUCUCAACUGUUACAUUCUCAACUGUUAGGUGGAUUUGUGAUGCAAGAAUGGGAAAAGUGAAAGGGGGGAAGUUGCAUCUGUAGCAUUACAAAGUCCAAACAGAUUUAGGUGCUGCUUAGCCGUUCGCAAAUUUGUCAUGCGAAGCAGCUUGAUCGUGUGGAUCGAUGAUGAUGGUGCUUUCGCAUGACAAAUCCAUGCAACAGCUGAGAAUGUCACAGUUGAGAACGCCAUAAAGAGCCGUUGCACUUGGAGGGCCUUGAAAAUAAUAACAAUAAUAAAGUAGCAUCGGGAACAAAAACAAUGAAAAGGCCGAAGCUGCUGCAAAUGGGACCGCGACGAGGGAGGAGUAUGAUCAACUCGUCAAAUAACUCAAACAGGAGCCUGCAGGAGCUGCUCAAAGGAGAUCAAGAUCAUGGUACAAGAAAUUAUAGUACCUCCACGAGGAGGACCAAAACCAGAAUUAGUAAGCCUUCUCAAGAAAGAGCUCCUCCACGUAAGACGAACACCAGAAAUUAUAUCAAAGAUAGUACAACUAAUUCUAGUAAUUCCACCCCCGCCGCCGGCGCCCGCCGCACUUCUUCCAACGGAAAAAUAAAUUUGAACAACAAGAACUCGUCGUCGAGCACAAAGAAAAAUACAAACCCGAAGUUCAUUUUGAACAAGCGGCCACCCAAGAAAAGGAACAAUGAUAACAAGUCAACAUCCCGGUAUAUCACCUUCGAAACCCAGUUCAACCACCUCUUGCGCGAAACGACGGAGGAAUAUCCCCUGAGAACUUUUACCAUUUCUACUGCAUUCCAUGAUGCAAUAAAUUGCCAUCACGCAAACAAGCAUGCAUAAACAGAUUCUGUUCUUCUACUUUAAACUUAGCGUGAGAAUGGUAGGAAGAUGUGUGUUUGAAGAUGUUUUUGUUGUUGUGCUACCACUAACAGGCUACGGACCUUAUGUCUGAGGAUGGUGCUCAAAGUGCGUCACGGUAGGCCAUUUCAUUUGCGAACGCGUUUGCCAUGCAGCUCUCGCAGCCUAAGACAUUUGAAUUGCCUUGUUUUGUGAAACCAAAAACCCAAAAAAAAUAAAAAUAUGAACCGCCACUGCGACCGACCCCCCGGGAGAAGAGGAAAGAGGAGGAUGCUCGGCCGUGAAGAUGUUUUUUGGCGUUUUUGUGUUUUCCACACCAGGAUUUGACAUGGUGGAUUAGUUGAAGAGAGGAUCGGCUCAAGGAUUUAGUUUCUACUUUGUCUUCUUGUCAUGCGGGAAAUGGAAGAUUAAUAUAUUGGGGACGAUGGUACUAGAUUUUCAGGGAAUAACAAGAACACUCACCAGAUAAAUAAUCCGAACUGCAGCACCACCACUGGCGGCGCCAGUUCGGGCAGACACAAGAUUAUAUGCAUUGCAGAAGAAAAAGUAUCGUGCUAGUACGACCUGCAUCACAAGUCUCCACCUGCUUAUGACAAAUCCAAGUGUGCUUAUGACAAAUGGAAUUUGUCCUGCUGAUUCAGUGUGGAUGAAAAACAAAGCAAUAUAUCAUCCUAAGUGCAGCAAUCAGUACGACGAGUAGUACAAUGUUACUUUUGCAGUGGAUACAAGAAUUGCAGUGUUGAUGUGGACACCAGUUGUAACCAGAGCGUUGCGCUGCUCCCCACGACGACCCCCCUGACCACUACAGCAGAAGCUGCAGACCAUUCCGGAGUUGGAGGUCGACAAAUGGAUGAACGCGAUGGCACCGAGGACCCCGGUGGAAAAAUCGGGGGUCAACAGUUGAAAUCACGACGAACAAGCAACCAAUAUCCUGUGUAAAAACCUCCCCACCCCAUAGUCAAGUUGGGAAAUCUGCAACACAAAUCUGCAAGUUUUGGGAGUUUUGCAUGACAAGUUGUUUCCAUCUGUAGCGUCGUCCUGUUUAGCAAGGGCAGCCGCAUGAGAAAGCCAGCCCCGCAUCCUGUUUACAGCAUUACAAAGUCCAAAACACGAUUGGAAAUGCCUCUCAUGCAGAUCCGCAAUACAAAUGUUCCUGUCAUUGCGCAUUUGCGUGACAACUCAGGGGUGGGGACGUUUUUACACAGAAUAACCAGAUGAAAAACCGAGACGAGCAGCAGUCCUCGUCCGCGGCGCACCUUUUCAACAAGAAAAGCAGCUCCCUGGUAUCAACAUCUUCGAAUUAUGUUUAUGCCGCACAGGAGGAGAGUCUUCAGAUGGAAAAAGAACUAUACGCAAGAACAUCAACAGGAAGAUCGAAAAAACACAACCAAAAUAAGGGUCGAAGCACGGAGGUGGUCGUCAACAGCAUUUUUACCAGCAGCGGAGGUGUACCUCUACGGCGGAGGAAGAGUAGGAUAUGGUAGUGUCAGGAUCGAAAUCGACAAAGUUGAAAUGGUUUGCCAUGCAUAAAAUGGACGCCAGUUGGUGUCUAGUUUUCAAGUGGCGCAUGAGAAAUUUGGGUAGAGCCGAAAUCCAGUUUGCAAUGCUGUCUGGGUAAGGAAGACGCCUUUUGUCAUGGUACCUUGGCAGCUCUAUUUCUACCCCUGAACAGGCUUACAAUCUGCCUCCCUUGCCUACUCCGCAAGACAGGCAUUUUGUGGGUUGCAUUUUAUGCAUCACAAACUACUUCAACUCUGACGAUUUCAAUCCUGACGCUUCCAUAUGGGACGGUGGCCCCGCCGACGCCUCCGAGUUUCAGCACAGAAUUUCGUGAGGACUACUACACCGAUAUCAAAAGGAAAAAUUCCCCCUUCCCAUAUCAAAUUGAAGUUUCUCAUGCUGGAUUUGCGUACACAAAUCAGGUCUGUCUUGCAGUGAAGGACUGAAGGCCCAUAUCAAGCCUAAGUAGAAGGGUUUUGACGUAGGCGCGCAGCAUGGCAGAUGUGUAGUACUCUGUAGGCCCCAUGGCACCACAAACCGCCUGCAUAAUGUGGCGGAGUCUCUGGAGUGUCCUUCUUGCAAUACAUAGACAAUUUGUGGCCACAAAUCAGCGUCACAAGUUUUCAGAAGUGUCCCUUUUUGGUACGGGGAGGGGGGAUUUUUCCUCACGAUAACCGAGAGUAGAGCGUGGUCGUCUGGGGUGCAAAGCGAGCGCACCCUGAUCAUGCGGAGCAAGCCGCUUCUUCGACACAAAGAACAAGCGCUGAACUCUAUCCCGUGUAAAAACGUCCCCACCCCAGAGUUGUAUACAGUACAUAAACACCCCAGAGUUGUAUAUGCAAAUCUGCAUGCUGAAAAUGUUUUUCAUGCGGAGAUCCAUGAGAGGCAAUUUCUAGUCGCGUUUUGGGAUUUGUGAUGCUAGAAGCAGCAUGAUAUGCUCGAUCUGUGAUGCUGCUGAACAAGCUAAACAGGAUUACACUACGAGGCCAAACUUGUCAUGCGCAACAGCAAAAGCUGACAGAUUUGUCUAGCAGAUUUCCCAGCUUGACUCUGGUGUGGGGACGUUUUUACUCAGGAUAAACACAAGCAACGUGGUCACCGAGGAGGUGGAAGAUCAUGAUGACAACGCGCAGGAACUACAAGAACUCCCCGACGGCUGCAGUCCUUUCGAGAGAAAAAUGCUCGAGAAAAAACUGGCUUUUCAGGAAAACACCAUCGUGCCCGCCUCUACUUUGUGCAAGAAAAAAACUGUGUAAGUGUAACUCUGUUGUAAUGCAGAACUACAUGAUGCAACAGAAGUGAAGAGCAAGAGUUCUAUACACCUGUCAUGCCAGACAGCCACGAUGAAGUCCUCUUUUCGUGUGUGUUUAUUUCCCUUUCAAGCCAUGCAUUCGUGACAGGCUAUUUUCUCUGUCACGUAGAGCGAAUUUGUGAUGCUGUCAGCGGCCAACGAUGAAAGUUACACUAACACAGUUUUUUUCUUGGAUAUUCCUCUAUCCCGAAAAUAGAAGACAACUGGAGCAGCUUACGCAGCAUCAGCAAUAGUAGCAAAGUGCCGUCGCUGCGUCGGGCAACGACCAGUCCUGACGAGGAGAUUUUUUCGUCCACGUCACCGAUAUGCACUGCAAAAGCAUCGCACUAGUAGAAAUCGGAAUCGCAUGAGAAAUUUGGAAGGCAUGCAAGAUGGAAUUUGAUGUAAAAAUAAAUCCUGCUUAGCGCCGUGUGCAAAGAUAGAUCUGUGAACAUGCAUAUAUUGCAAUUUUAGUGCGAGUAUGUUGAUAGUACUUUUGCAAUUGCAUAAACGAGCUUCUUCUACGAUAACCUCCCUAAAUCUUCCAGCUUCGAUAACCCCCGUAUUAGCUUCACCUACGAUAACCCCCGUAAAUCUUCGGAGGCCUGGCGGGAAGCCAAGAAGGCCGAAAUGAAGUUCGACUCGCACGCCUUGCGUUGCCGGCCCGAUCCGUGUUUGGCCGAUGUUUUUCACCCGAGCAAAAUAGUCACCGGCGUCGACAAUUCUGAUUCAGUUUUUGUCCGAGCAAGCAGCAAGGCCAGCGGAGGCUGCAGGAGUGCUCCAUCCCCCGUGGCGAGGACGGCACCAAUAAACAAUCGAAGAACAACUUCAUCUGAAGAUAAAAAUUCCACCUCUCAGGUCAUGGCGAGGAGCCAGCAGUGGCCGCUAUCACAAGAAAAAAAAAUCCCCCCUCCCCAUACCAAAACGAAGUUUCUGAUGAUGGAUAAUUUGCGUGCACAAAUCUUGAGAUUUGUCUUGCCGGAGAGCAGGACUGCAGAGCCAUAUCAAGCCUGAGUAGUAGAGUGGCUUUGGCCUUCUAGGCGCUUAGCAUGAAAAUCGUCCGUGCUGUAGGCCCAACAGCACGACAAACCUCCUGCAUAAUGCGGCGGAGCCUGUGAAAUUGGAAUUGCCUUCUUGCAAGACAGUGACAGACGCGAUUCGUGGUCGCAAAUGAGCAACGCAAAUUUCCGAGAACGUACCUGGUGAAUAUGACAAGGGGGGAUUGAUUUUUCCUCGCGAUAGCUACGGGAGCUUCACCUUAUCGGCGAAAAUCAUGGCGCCGGUCAGCAGGACAUCAACUUAAUGCCAAAAUCUAGUACCAACAAAAACUGUAGCGUAACAAGCAACAAAAACUACAUCACAACUGGACGACCACAUCUUCGUCAUAGUACAACUACUGGCGGCGAGCACCUGGUGCAACUGCAGGUCACGGACGUUGAACUUGAACGGCAAAAAGAAGUAGACCACCUACCAGCUUUCGCGUGGCAGGGUGCUGGAGUCGAACUCGAACCGAACCACACGGCAGGUAGAAGUUUGCAGCCGUCGGAGGUCUCCAUAUUCGAGAAGAAAAGCAGCAGGAGCCUGGUAGAUGUUGCGGCGGGGAAUAGUAUCACUACAGGGGGCGUCCAGGUGUAUGCAUUGAAGAUGCAAAAGCAUAAUCCAUCGUCCUAGUCGUGAAGAUAAUUAUUGCUUCAAAAAAUUAUAAAAUGGUAAUGGAAUUUGCGAUGCUGAUUCAGGAGGCAAAAAAUUGUCGAUUUAAUUUUCAUGCAAUGAUCUCGCAAUUAGAUGCAUUGUUAGCACGACGGGUAGUACGAUAUCAAACUUUUGCACUGGAUAAGGUAAGUCAGGGGACCACUAGGUCGUCCACCUUCUGCGCGCCGGUGGAUUAUACUAAACCAAGUGUUGCGCCCGCCCCGGGGGUCAAGAACAUGAACAACGAAGUAGACGAGCAUUUUACCAGCCUGCGGGUUGAGGAAAACAAACAGCGACAGGAGCCCAAGACAUCAGUAGACAAAGGCGAUGUUCCUGACCAGCAAGACGGUGUUAAAGAGCAGGACGAAAAUGUAAUUGAUAAAACACGGCGAAACAACAUUCCCCUUCUCGACAACGGGAGCUCCCGCUCCGUUCGUGGCAGGGUGAGCAAAGACGCAGCUGUUUCUUGCAGGAGUUCCAUCGAGGCCAAUAAACAUCAUGUAGCAGAAGUUACACGACGACCAUGUGCAGGCGAGGAGGGGGACUUCAUGUCUACUGCGGACGGAGGUUGUGGGUAUGGGAUAAUUCUUAAACGUUACAGUUCUCAACUGUUACUGUAUCAGUUGAGAAUUGUCAUGCAAAACUGCCUUAAUCCGCCUUAAGCGGCUACGCAUGACAAAUCUCCGAAGGGCUAAACAGCAUGCAAAUCUGUGGCAAAUCUGCGAUGCGAAAGCAGCAAGCUUGCCCCUUUGACUGUUGCUGUUCUUGUGCAUUACAAAGAACCCAUGUAACAGUUGAGAGCGUACUAACGUUUGAGAACGCCAUAGUAGAAGCCUACCGCUUAUGAGACUGCACAACUCGUCCCGCGGUUGCAGCUCCCCCUCGUUUAUCGUGCAAAGUCGCAAUUUAUGCACCGUAUUUUAUCCAUUUGUAUUUAGCCCUAACUUCUUGCAUGUUGACCACGACAAGCUACAGCACUCAGAACAGCACGCACUGUAUCAUUUUCGUCAUGUUGCAGAGAGUACUACAUUUCUUCUGCUGGUGGUGUUUCUUUAUCUUUAGCUGCUCAUGAUGCCACACAAAUUUGUUAGGGAGAGGGCGGGGACGUCGAGUUGUGCACUCUUAUACCUGUUCCAGUGCCCCAUUUUGGGCUUAUCGAGGACGACGACGAGCUAUGCAAUAGAAUACAAAUUUCCCGUACAUGUACAAGAUGCAACACAAAUUGCCCCAAUUUGAAGUGUGAAACUUGGCAUACUAAACUAGGAUCGAAGCCAAGUUUUGCCAUGCAGAGACCUCCGCAUUUGUGCGUCGUGUACGUGAAAUUUACUGUGGAUACGAGCUUCUGCACAGUGUUUCGCAGGACCUCCACGCAGCCGCGAUGAUGAAUCCUCGUCCUGCUGGGCCACCACAACUACUUCCCACAAGAAAUAAUACCAAAACGGAGCGGAGUAUCAAGAAAACAUCAGAGCUCG